UUUAUAUCACUUACUGAAGCACAUUAUGUAUUCGUUUCCCAUAGACAAUAACAGAUAGGAGUCUAUAUAUAUUGCAGCAGUGCAUGGAGAGAAUCUUUCAGGAUCAGCAUCAUGGAUAAUGUAUACAUCCUGAAAUAUUUGGCAUAUGUUGGAAUCGUACUGUGUUUACUAGGUAUUAUUGGAAACGCAUUCAGCGUGUAUGUUCUUUCCAAGAUGAAUUCAGCGUCCUUGAGACUUUUGAAGUACCUCAAUGUUGUGGACAUUGUACUUUUAGUGAUAGUUUGUAGUUUGCUGACGAUGAUUGUCCUGUGGUGGAAAAGAGCGUCGUUUGAACACCAUUUCGUGAUAUUGUGUACAAGUGUAUUGUUUCUAACAGUUCAAACGUUUGAAACAUACUUAACUGUCUUGAUUGCCUUUGUGAGAUGUCUAGCCGUGGCAAUGCCUUUCCGAUUUUCAACUUGUAUGCGGGAUUCUGUUCAAAGUAAGUUGCUCGUGGCAAUUGCAGUAUUUUCACUGUUAUUCAAUCUGCCUCUCUAUCUAUUGUUGAUGCCGAACAGUAUUACAUUGAGGAUGGCUAAAUUUCAAAUCAUGUACCUAAGUCUGGUAUUUUCCUUCAUUCUUCCUUUACUCGUCAUCACCAUCUGCAACGUAAUCCUAGUCGUUUCAAGAUGUAGAAUGAGAUCAGUCCAAAGUCAGAACGACCGGUGUAGAUCACGUGAUAGACGACACAGCCGGGGCGCAUUUCAGCUGACAUGCCUUGUUCUUGCAAUAACGGCAAUGUUUAUUGCCACUCACGCUCCUGUAGGCGUGUUCAAAUGUCUUCGUUUGACAUAUCAAAUUGACAUAACUGUACAGUUCAUUGGUUUUCAGAUUUUGAUAACUAUUAUUUAUAGUGCUACUAACUUUAUUCUCUACUGUUGUUUCGGUAGUGAGUUUAGAUCUACCCUGAUAUCUUUGUGCAAGAAACCUUGUUUCACAAGGACAGACCAGCCUAUGCCCGUGUCACCAGUGUAGCAUUGUGCAGCUAUCAGUAUUCACGAGGAGAGACCGGUGACACUCACAAAGAUAUAAUUGUUACCGAUGUUUGUGCAACGGAAGAUUAUUUGAACAAUAUUGGAGUGGGGAUUGUGACUUUGUGUUUUGUAAUACUAUCUGACAUCUGACAGGGAGAGGAACUGAAUCAAUAAAUUUGAAACAUAACUCCAAUACUCCUUCUGAUAUUACCAAUAAGCUGGGUUUCAGCGAAAUAUCCACGUCUUAAUAUGUUGGCAAGGUUCAAGUUAUCCCGUGUCACAAGCAUAUGGACAAAACUAUUCGACAGAUCCCAGCUAUUACUGGGACGUUCAGGUCAUCUCCGGCGACGCCCAACACUCCGAAUUCCAGACUACGACGAGUUAACCCAUCCUUGGCUUACAUCUUCAUCAUCUGUGAUUUGACGUUCGAGGGCAUGUUCUUCUAAAAUCGAUGUUCUUCAAAUACCGUUCCCGACUGGUUACACAUUGUAACAUCGCCAAUGUUCCUAAGAGGUUCUUGUUGUGAAAAUGUAUGCAUGGAUAAGGAUUAAUGUCACUUAAUUAGUGAUCAUUAUGUCAAUUAUAUGACGGCGUGUCAGCUUAAUGAGGAAGGACAGCUUGAGGUAACGCAAGCCGUAGACGUUUUCCAUUUUGGUGAAACCAACGAGGACGGAUAUGGUGCUGAGAAACCAAGGUUCAAGGAAAAACUUGGAUUCGAACACCAAUCAGAGAACAAAAAAUGUUAGACCAUUUCGCUAACACCUGGUGUCUUUUCGUUAUUUAAUAGCUUCUAUGUGUCCAGUUUACAGAUUCUAUGUGACAGAUAUCAGUUCCAACUUAAUAGAUGGUACAUGUAGGCAGUCAUUUUCAUUAUCCGUGUGAUAUGGAUGUGUAAAUUUAGGAUUGGUACUAAAUUAUUUCAAGUUAAUAAUAACAUUUCCCUUUACUAACUGAGUUUGCAUUAUGUUUUAUUCAACGAGUUACUGUAAAUAUUGUUUGGUUAUAAAAAUUCAGAAAAAUACGUGCAAACCGUAUCAAAGCAGCCGUUUAUUGUGGAAUAAGCAAUGAGUAACCAAUUAUUAUUCGGUACUUUCAAUUACCAUUUGAAGCGCUUCGUGUGACACUUUUGUCAGAAGAGCAGCAUAUAUACACACCAAUGAAAAAUGUCGCCCGCAUGAGUACGUAUAGAGUGAGUGAUCAUAGUUAAAUGUAGAUGUAUUGAAACAAUGAAAACUAUAUGUUAUAUGCCAGUCUACAAUGGACAAAACCAGUCUAAAUCCUGAUACUUCAGGGUAUUUGUCGUUCUGGCGUGUUACAUAAAAUCAAACAAUCAAAUAGUGCACCCAAAACCAAUUCGCUUCAUGAUUAAUAAAGAAAUAGUUGACGUUGAUAUUUGACGAGAGAAUUAUUUUAUUCUGGAAGAACAUCCGAUUGAUCUAGCAUACUCCUGUUGCUAACAAAGUCGUUCUAAAGAUGUGUGUGUGUAAAUGAAUUGAAAUUAUUUCUUCCUAUAUUUGGACAUAACGUGUUGUAUAGAUUCAAAUUAUACAAUAAAUAACUUUCUAAUCGAAGAUUUGUCUCGAAAAUGAAACCUCACUUGGGUAAAAAGGCAUAAAAGUCAACGACAGGCGUUACUGUGAGCUUUCCUAAAGCUCCUUCAACGUUGACACGUGAUGUAACGUAAAUAUUCAAUUUGUUAAAAAGAUGUUCUGUGAUCAUUCUCUGGAUAUAAUUAUUAUAUAUAGUUGAUGCUUUUGCUUAUACACCGCGAGGGGGCGGUCGGGUAGCCUAGUGGUUAAAGCGUUCGCUCGUCACGCCGAAGACCCGGGUUCGAAUCCCGACAUGGUUACAAUGUGCCGUGAUAUUGCUGGAAUAUUGCUAAAAGCUGUGUAAAACCAUACUCACUCAGUAUAGACCGUGAGAUUUACUGAACUGGGUCGGUCUCCAUGGUUAUUAUUAAAAUCACAAGCGAACACAAUCUGCAACAAUGAAAUAAUUUGAAUCAGGUUCAUGACUUUUUAACUAUUUAGAAAUCUUAACCUUUUACGAUUUUAACUUCCAUACUAUUUCAUACGAAAAUAGAUGUGGUUGCAUGUUCAAUUUCGUAACUUACGGCGGGAGAAUGGAGAGGCAUAGUAUUUGAUGUCUGAAUUGAGUUUACUAUUUUCUACUAUUGGAAAUCAAAAUUAAGCUUUCUGCACUAUUUGAGAGGUAAUUAAUACUUUGGAUAUCAAAAGAGAGUUAUUCAGUGUCAGUGUGAUGUCGUGAUUGGUAUUUAAUACCUGUUGAUAACUUGAAAGGUAUACUGAAUAUUGAAUGUGGUUCUUUUAUGAGUAUUCAGUACUAUUUGAUAUAUAAAUGGAUUUACUGCAUAUUCGCAUAUAUAUGUAUAUGAACAACCUUUCUAUUUUCAAUCCAAAUCGCGUUUACUGCAUACUAGUAUUUUAUGGCGUUUUUGAUCGGUAAUUAAUACUAGUUGAUAUCAAAGUACACAUGUAGUUACGCCAUUAUCAAUAUGAUAUUUGGUUGGUGUCUAGUACUAUUUGAAAACAGUUCACUGUACAUAAAUUGUGAUUGUUUAUGGUUAUUUCAUACAAUUUGACAUUUAAGUCGAUUUACAUAUUUCAUAUCUAAAUCGCGUUUUAGUCACAAUCAAUGUCAUACUAUUUCAUAUCUACAUCGAUCAUAAUGCAUUGUAUUUUCUGGGUGCUUUUUUUUCAGAAAUAAUAUUGUACGGUAUAUUUAGAUCGAUUUUACUUCAUAUUUGAUGUGAUUCUGUAUGGGUAGUUAAUACUAUUUGGUGUCUGUAUGAACACAUUGCAGUGUGUUUGGGGUUGGAUUAUUUUCCAAAAAUAAUAUUGUUCUGAAUAUAUAAGUCGCGUUUACUGAUUAUUACUAUUUGAUAACCGAAGUUACUUAAUUCUCAGUGUGAUCUUUUGAAAACUUUAAGUGUAUACUGAAUAUUAAAUGUGGUUCUUUUGGGGGUAAUUAAUAACAUUUGAUAUUUAAAUGGAUUAACUGCAUAUUCAAGGUGGUCUUUUAAUGGGCACACUUUAUGUAUUUUAUAUCUAAAUCGCGUUUACUGCAUACUAGUAUUUAAUGGAGAUUUUGAUAUCAGAAUAUAGAUGUUAUCAAUGUCAUUAUCAAUGUGAUAUAUGAUUGGUGUCUAAACCUAUUUGAAAACAGUUUACUGUACAUUAAUGUGAUUGUUAUGUGGCUGCUUAAUGCAUCUGAUAUUUAAAUGGAUUUAUAUUUCAUAUCUAAAUUGAGUUUACUUCACGAUCAAUGUCAUAUCAAUGGGUAAUUGAUACUAUUUGAUAUCUACAUUGAGCAUAAUGCAUUGUAUUUUCUGUGGGGUUUUUUCAGAAAUAAUAUGGUACUGUAUAUCUGAAUCGACUUUACUUCAUAUUUGAUGUGAUUGUUAUGGGAAAUUAAUACUAUUUGGUGUCUAUAUCGAUCAUAAUGCUAUGUGUUUUGUGUUGUUUUUUGUGUUAAUGUUCAUGUUAAUGUUAAUAUAAACUGAGUUUGCUACACAUUUGACGUUGGUUUUUUGCGUAAUUAAUACUAUUUGAUAACCGAAGUAACUUAAUUCUCAGUGUGAUGUUUUCAUUGGUAUUUAAUACCUUUUGAUAACUUUAAGGUUAUACUGAAUAAUAAAUUUGGUUCUUUUAUGGGUAUUUGAUACCAUUUGAUAAUCAAAAUGGAUUAACUGCAUAUUCACGGUGGUAUUUUUAUGGGCACCUUUAUAUAUUUAUUAUCUAAAUCGCGUUUACUUCAUACUCGUAUUCAAGUGAGUUUUUUAUGGGUCUUUAAUACCAUUUGAUAACAGAAUAAACAUGUUGUUACGUCAUUAUCAAUGUAAUCUUUGUUUGUUGUCUAGUCCUAUUUGAUAGCUUAAACCAGUUUAUUGUUUAUCAAAGGUGCAGCCUCACCAUAAAUAGUACACAAGUUCAUGUGAAAUAUGGACUGGCAAUUUCAAAACAGUUACUUCCAAAAUGAGAAAAAGAAUGCUUCUAACUGUAGCUAUAGUACAUAUUGAAAGCUGAUCGAUUUGUUGUGGUAACGCACAAGAUAAGUGGGUGUAGACAUACCGAUUUAUACAUUUAAAAACAUUCAGGUUAUGCAGUAACCAAAACAUUUAAUUUCAAAAUGCUCUUUUUUAUGGGCACCCUUUAUAUAUUUAUCAUCGCAUUUACUUCACGUUAGUAUUCAAUGGAGUUUUUCUAGGGGUAUUGAAUACCAUUUGAUUACAGAAUAUACAUGUAGUUACGUCGGUAUCAAUGUAAUGUUUGAUAUGUGUCUAGUCCUAUUUGAGAAAACUAUGGCAGUGUGGAUAUCCUCUAACUUAUAUAAUACAAGUUUAUUAUUCGGGGAUCAUCCAUAUUUUCUUUAGGCUUUGUUAUUGAAACACAAACAGUACAACUAUUGGUGUCGUCCGUAAAAUAGACAGGGUGUUUCAUUGUUUUGAUACAACAAGCGGUAUCAACGUUUCUUUUACAGUUUCCUGAAAACGGACCCGAGACCACCUACUUUGUAUUUUCGUCAAACACUGACCCUCAUUCUCUUCGCAGUAUGAAUUUGAAACAAAUCCUUCAGUAAAUGUUGUUCGUAUACGGCUACAGCAAUAUAGGCAGAUCACGCCACGUUUAUGUGUGUAGAUAUCUGCAUAUAGAUAUUUCAAGGCGAACGUGAUCAAGGACUAUAAAAUGAUUAUCAAAACUCAAAAUUUGAUUAAAUGUAAUUAUUGCGAUUAUUGACUACUUUUGUUACUUAAUGAUUACUUAAGUCACUGUAAUUUGGGGGGAACGGGAAGUCACUGUAAUUUGGGGGGAACGGGAGGCCCAGUCGUAUCAGGCGCCACUAUACGCUGUGCAGAGUUGCGUCGCUUAGGCACGCCAGAAACCUAUGAUUGUGGGUUCGAAUCCCGGUUCGCCCCGAUUAUGUUUCUGGGUU